ACAACUUCACACACUAGUUUGACAACAUGAUCAGGUUGUCAGUGAUAAAUCUAGGAAGGCAUAUUAAAUAAGAAGUUAAUACUUUGGUUGUUAACUGCAGAAGAUUGUCUGCAGCAUCAUAGCUUUUAUGGCACAUGCAUUGUAACUCAUUUACCGUCAUGGACCAAUCAGAUGUGGAGUUUGAACUCAAAUAUGCAAGGAAUCCUUUAGAGGGAAUGUCAGGUUGCAGGCAGGCAGAACUACGACUGCCACUCUCAAGAAUGGGAACCAUGCCCCUGUCUCGUGUCUGUGGAAUAUUGGUUCUCCUCAGCGUUGGUCUGAUUUCCAUCCCCCCUCCUUGCCACGGAGGGAACAUUCUGGUGUUCCCCCUUGACGGCAGCCACUGGAUCAACAUGAAGCUGCUGCUGGAGGAGCUUCAUGCCAGAGGACACAGCCUCACUGUGAUCCGGGGCAGCAACAGCUGGUACAUCCCAGAGGAGUCUCCUCUUUACACAUCCAUUACAAUUAAAAUGGAUGUGACUAUGGAGAACUUCUUUGAUGAGUACCUGCAGGAACAAAUGAAGGCGCUGAGAGACGGGGCGUCAAUUCUUACUUCCAUCAAAAUCACAAAGGAUUUCAUCUCCAUGAUAACUCAGGCUCAUUCUAUCUGGUAUGGUGCCAUCAGUCAAUUAUUAGAUGAUGAAAAUAUGGUCAAAAGACUAAGGGACGCCCGAUAUGAUCUUGUUCUCACCGACCCGGCCAUAGCACCAGGGGUUCUGUUAGCAAAGUUUUUCAAACUGCCCCUGGUGUUAAAUGUUCGUUGGAUCACCAGUGGAGACGGACAAUUUGCGAUAGCCCCCUCCCCACUCUCUUAUAUCCCAGUGCCAGGAUCGGGUUUAACCGACAAAAUGAAUUUCAUACAGAGGAUCAAGAACCUGUUAUUCUACGGCAUCAUAUUGUUCCAGCAAAAAUUCCUGAUCGGGCCAAUCUACGAUGUUGCCUGCAGUAAAUAUAUCGAGGGUGAAUGUGACAUCAUCUCGAUGCUUCAGGAUGCAGACAUAUGGCUGUUCAGGUCAGACUUUGUGUUCGACUUCCCUCGGCCAACAAUGCCGAACGUCAUCUACAUCGGAGGGUACCAGUGCAAACCGGCCCAGCCUCUGCCAGCGGACCUGGAGCAGUUCGUUCAGAGCGCUGGGGAGCAUGGUGUGAUCAUCAUGACUCUGGGAACCUUGGUGAAUGCUUUACCCAAAGAGGCUGCAGAUGAGAUCGCCAGCGUCUUUGCCAAGAUGCCUCAGAAGGUGAUAUGGCGACACAAAGGGGAGCGUCCCUCCGCUUUGGGAAACAACACGCUCAUCGUGGACUGGAUGCCGCAGAGGGACCUCCUGGGCCACCCUCAGACCAAAGUCUUUGUAGCUCAUGGAGGAACCAACGGAGUCCAGGAGGCCAUUUACCACGGGGUUCCCGUGGUCGGCAUACCCCUGUUCUUUGACCAGUUUGACAACCUUGUACGUUUGAAGGAGAGAGGAGCUGCCAAGAUCAUUCAGCUGGGCGAUCUUAAUGGACAGAGUUUCAAACAAGUUCUUCAGGAAGUGCUCCUGCAGGACAGCUACAGACAGAACAUGCAGAGACUUUCUAGCUUGCACAGAGAUCAGGCAAUAGCACCCAUGGAUCACGCUAUCUUCUGGGUGGAGUAUGUGAUCCGUCACAAAGGGGCAGCACACCUGCGUACGGAGGCUUAUAAGAUGCCCUGGUACUCGUACUACAGUUUAGAUGUUCUGUUAGUGUUGCUGACUGCUGCGGCUGCACUGCUGCUCUUUACUGUGGCUGUUUUCUGGUUCCUGUGCUGCAGAAGUAGAAGGAAGACAAAAUCUAAAGAUGAAUGAGUUUCAAAAUGUUUAGAAAUCUUCUAGAACAGGUUCUCUAAAGCUCUGUAGACACAAAUGUACUGUGCAUCCUACGGUAUCUCAUUUGUGCGUCUUUGUUAUACAGGAAGUAAAAUGACAACCAGUAGCACCAUUAGCUAUCACUGUUUCAUCAUGGAAUCAUAUUCGGUUAAAAAUUACAUCAUUGCGGAUUGGUGUGUUGGGGAUUUUUGGGCUAAAACUAAUUUAGAUGUGACAAACCUAACUUGUUAUAUGAAUUGUCAACAUUUUUUAGAUUGAUUAGAGCAAAGAUCAAUACAUUUGUA